GCUGGUUUCGGGCAGCAGGCGUGGAUCCAGAACAACCGAUUUCAACACAGGUCGCGGCUUAUCUCUCUCUCUCCCUUCUUUCUCCUUGUGGAAACGACGGCAAAUCUCUCUCUGUCUCUGUUGUUGCGGAGACAACGGGGAAGUGUGUGAUGGGAUCUCGGAGUCCUAGAGAUUCAUCUUCUAGUUUUAGGGUUAGGUUAACUGCAAACCGUGAAAAACUGAUUUGGAAGCAACUUGUAUUGGCAAUCCAAGAGAAAUCGUGUCCAAUUUGUCUGAGUCACAUUGGACAUCGAAAAGCAGCAGUUAUUGAAGCAUGUAUGCACACUUAUUGCAUCAAUUGCAUUCAAAAGUGGAGCGAGUUCAAGCGAAAUUGUCCUCUCUGCAACAAACAGUUCGAUUCAUGGUUUUUCAAUGUUAGGUUUUCAACUCGAAGCUUUGAAGUAGAACGAUUGUCAAAUUGCAGCAGUGGAAAGAAUAUUGACGACAGAAGCGAAAUAUUUCGUUCAGUAAUUCGAAGGUCAAGGAAUGAACUUCUUAGUUCUAACCGGAGAUCUAGACCGGUUCCAUGGCGUCGAUCAUUUGGACAGUGGAGGUCUGUUCCUUCUGAUAUUGUUGCAGAAAGAGUUGUUCAGUGGCGUGCGAGCAUAUACAGCCGACGUUUGCAAGCUGUCCCUUUCCUUACAAAGAAUAGCUUAGUGCAGAAUAUAUUGGGAAACAAUAGUGUUAAAGAAAGAAUGACGCAUCGUGUGGAACCAUGGAUUCGGAGGGAGUUGCGGGCUAUCCUUGGGGAACCUUAUCCAUCAGUUAUUGUUCUGCUGGCCUCAUCUCUUUUGGUUUCAAGCCUUGAGGAAAAAAAUAAGGCCUCGUCAAAAGGACUUGUUUUUUGUGAUAAAUUUGUUGAAGCAUUGCGGCCUUUUCUACGUGACCUAACUGAUAUGUUUUGGCAUGAACUCGGAUGCUUUGCUGAGAGUUCGUUCACCAUGGAAACUUAUGACUCUGUGGUUGAAUAUAGAAGAUUAAUUUGAAGGCAGAAGGAAGGGACCUCAUCGGAAAGUUUCAGCCUUUGUUCUUUGGAUCUGUGCCUUUUUUUUUCCUUUUUCUUUUUUGGUGUGAAGCUUUGCCGUUGAACCUCUUGAUCCCGGUUAUAAUGCAUAUUGGGAGUAUGCUAGCUAGCUGACCUCAACAGUUGGUUGGUCUUUAUGUAUUUGAAGAAGCCUGCAACUGGAAAUGAUGGUUCCUGAUAAAAAGGAGGAUUUGAGACAGAUGGUGGAUGGCAAGAAAUGAGCUCAAGUUAGAAUUUUGGCUGCAGCUUAACCUGACAACCAUAUGGAGAAAGCAUUUCUAAGAUCCAGGUUUUGCAAGUAGACAAGGAAUUUUUACAUAAAUCCAUUUACUGUCUUUGGCCCUUGCAGCACAGAAUCUUAAUUGGUUUUGAGAUCCACAACGGGGAAUGGAUGCAUGUCCAGCAGCUUAUGUCAUCAGUUUGAGUAGUUGAGUAGCUCGAGCAGCCUGUUCUCGGAGAUUAGUAUUUAGUAGCAUCAGUUGCAGGAACAGAAGCAAACAGCAAGCACAGGUUCAACACAACAGUGGCUCGAAUGGUUUUAGCAAAAGUGGCAAUGAGGAACAGAAGAACCACUGAUCAGCAUCACCAGAGAACAAACGGAUUGUGCUGGAUUUCCUUCAACCACACCCCACCAACCCCCCCCCCCCCCCCC